GCUGUUGGCUGGGUGUAUGAGUGUAAGGGUUGAGGGAGGUUUGGUAGUUAGUUAGAUGGUAGGUUAGAGGAUCUUACAAAACAGAAAAAACGGGGGAAAAAAACAGCAAAAGUUGGAAAUUGGUUUUCUGAAGUUUGUUCUGAGUACCUAAAGAUUGUGUAGCAUGAACGUGUGAUCCUGUAUUUCUCUGCUUAACUGGAAGUAACCUUUUGUCAGUGAAUCCAUUUGCUGGUGCUGCUUUUUACUCUCUCUAACCUUCUGUGCAGGCAAGAGGUUCUCACACUUUUUAAUGAGAAUUUAUUUCCCCCCUGAGUGGAGUGGCUUUGACUUUUCACCAUGAGAAGACUGUGUGUGUCUUUAGUUCUCUUACAGCUGAUUGGGGCUGGUUUGAGCCAGUUUCCUCGCCCUUGUGCCACUUCAGACGGACUGCGGACCAAAGAGUGCUGUCCGUUGUGGGAUGGCGAUGGCUCAGCCUGCGGUGCCCUGUCAGGCCGCGGUUUCUGCACAGACGUGGUAGUUUCAGAUGAGCCACAUGGACCCCAGUACCCUCACAGUGGGAUCGAUGACAGAGAGCGUUGGCCUUUAGCUUUCUUCAAUAGGACGUGCCGCUGUGCUGGAAACUAUGGAGGUUUUAACUGUGGCGAGUGUAGGUUUGGUUACUGGGGUUCAAACUGUGCUGAGUACAGAGAGUCAGUGCGCAGGAACAUCCUGACUAUGUCGACUGCUGAACAGCAGAAGUUCAUCUCCUAUCUGAACCUGGCUAAAAACACCAUCAACCGUAACUAUGUCAUCGCCACUGGCACAAGGGCACAGAUGGGAGAAAAUGGCGAGAACCCCAUGUUCUCUGACAUCAACACCUAUGACCUUUUUGUAUGGAUGCACUACUAUGUGUCCCGAGACGCUCUCCUGGGAGGACCAGGGAAUGUAUGGCAAGAUAUCGAUUUUGCUCAUGAAUCUGCAGCAUUUCUGCCCUGGCACAGAGUCUUCCUGCUUCACUGGGAGAAUGAGAUCAGAAAGCUAACAGGAGAUUUUAAUUUCACCAUCCCAUACUGGGACUGGAGGAACUCCCAGACCUGUGACGUGUGUACUGAUGCCUUGAUGGGUGGACGCAACUCCCUUAAUCCCAACCUCAUCAGCCCUGCCUCUGUCUUCUCAUCAUGGAAGGUUAUCUGCACCCAGUCAGAGGAGUAUAACAGCCGAGAAGCAUUAUGUAAUGCCACAGGGGAGGGUCCAUUGUUACGUAAUCCCGGCAACCAUGAUACCAAUCGCGUGCAACGACUUCCCAAUUCAGCUGAUGUGGAGUUCGCUGUGGGCCUCCCCGAGUACGAGACAGGACCCAUGGACCGAUUUGCCAACAUGAGCUUUAGAAAUGUCCUAGAGGGUUUUGCAAGUCCACAGACGGGUAUGGCCGUGUCAGGCCAGAGCACCUUGCACAACGCCUUGCAUAUGUUCAUGAACGGUUCCAUGUCAUCAGUACAGGGUUCAGCUAAUGAUCCAAUAUUCCUGCUACAUCAUGCUUUCAUUGACAGCAUCUAUGAACGCUGGCUCAGGAACCACCAGCCUCCACGAAGCAGCUACCCACGCACCAAUGCCCCUAUUGGUCACAAUGAUGGCUAUUAUAUGGUUCCCUUCCUGCCUCUUUAUAGAAAUGGAGAUUAUUUCCUGUCCAAUAAAGCUCUUGGAUAUGAAUAUGCCUACCUGUUGGACCCAGGUCAGAGGUUUGUUCAAGAGUUCCUGAACCCUUACCUCCAGCAGGCACAAGAGAUCUGGCAGUGGCUCGUGGGUGCCGGGAUUCUGGGAGCUCUGAUUGCUGCAAUCAUCGCAGUAAUCAUUGUUUUUGCAAGACGGAAAUGGAAGCGCAAUCAGAGGAAAAAGAGAGCAUCAAGCUAUGGGGAGAGACAGCCAUUACUGCAUAGCAGCUCAGAGGAAGGAUCAUCUUCAUAUCAGACCACUCUGUAACACAGAUGCUGCACAACUCUGUGAUGGUUAUGAAGCCAAUUAAAAACAAGAAUCUGA